UCCUGUACUCCUGCGACUGGUAUCGGUGGCGGUGACAGACCGACAGGUCAAUCCGAGCCAGAUCGAACAGGUCUGCGUUGGGGUGAGCGUUCCGAUAGGUCGCGGUCGGAUGGACUGCUAUGCGCGAUUGCUAUUGUGGGAGGGUUCAGCCACAGGAUGGAAGUCAUAGAUAAUCGAUGCGAGGUGGAUGUACACCGAAUUUGUUGAGUGAGCCACUUGUUGUACAUACUAACUACUACGCAAGGGUUGGAGAGGUCUUGGUGAUUGUUCUUUGAUCUUCACGUCAACUCGAUACAUCGAGGAUGAGAUCCGUGGAAAACCAAUCUCCAGGACGCCCACCAAAUUGACCUAUGUAUAUCCAUUAUCACAGAGCCACCCAUGCCUCCGUAGCACAUCCCUCUCAUCAGGAUCCAUCCCUCUCAUCACGGCCUAUGACCUCGCCGCAACGACCACUCAUCUCCCCCUCCCAUCUCGGCCCGCCCGCUCAUCUCUCAUUGUCCCAACCCCUCCAUUUUCCCGAUGCCCCAACCCACCAGUCCCCGCGCGCCCCUCCGUUCUCGACCCUCCAUUCGCCAAGGGGUACGGGCCCGUCACCGAACGACUUCACGAAUGACUUGAGACUUCCGCUCGAUCCCGUCCUACAUUGGUUUAAUCAUCAGGAGCAGCGGGGAGCGGAAUUGCAGAAUGACAUAAUACUAGGUAUUCAAAGGCCCAAACCACGCCGCUCUUUUCUCACAUCCCAAAAACCUCAAUUCCCCUGACCAUCGCCGCGAUCAUCGUAGCUUGGUGAGUCUAGCUCAGCC